CGCAUUAAUUUUUGUAUUUGGAAUCAAGUAUAUGAGUCAGUUGGGCCUAGUGCAUAAAUGAAAUGCACUUUGAUUGUAUUAAAACAAUCAGUUUGAGUGAAAGUUUCCCAAAAUCAACAUUAGCAUUAGGAGAAGGAAAUUGGCUAUACCAGUUGUUAGUCCAAACUUUCCCUUUAAAGCAUCAAUUUGGUCUUUAUUCCAAUUAAAUUUAAUAUUUUUGUCCUUUUACACAUGUUUUUGUCCAUUUAACCUGAAGCUGAUCAGUUUACAUGAUUGGAUUUCUGGGGAAAUAGAUGGCUUUACAUCAGUGUUGGGUUUAGAGCUUUUAUUGACAACAGCAGGACAAGUUAGAAGUCAGGAACAUGAACUCUACAUGUGUUCAGUCGUCAUGUCCUCAUAUUGUUUCAAGCUGUGAAGAACAUGAGUGUGUUUCAGAAUACGUCCUCAUAUGGUUGGACCAACAACUCUAGUGUGUGUGUUACACUGUCCUCAUAUUGUUGGGUAGCAGAACUGUACUGUGUUAAGUUUCUAUAGAAUCUGGCAUAAGGAAGUCAGAUCCUUCUGUAAUAAUGUUCACUGAAACAAGUAUGAUCUGUAGUUAAUGAGCUAGUCAGCAUUUGUAGUACAGAAUGUUUCUGACAUUAUAUUGUUGUCUUUUGUUGCAGACACCAAGUGUUGAGACCCUGUCCCAACCUCCUACAGACCAAGAAGUGAGUGACAAAUCCACUUCAUUCCUCCAACAGACACCAAGUGUUGAGACCCUGUCCCAACCUCCUACAGACCAAGAAGCCAGACAAAAAUCUCGAGUUGUCACCUUUCAUCAGACAGCUACCUCAGAGCAGAUCUCUACUGAUGAAUUCUCAGAUUGUACGGAUUAUGAAGAUAAAGACUAUUUCCCAGAUUCAUGUGGCAGUUCCUCUGACACAAGUCUCCAUAGUGUGGACAUGAAAAUCACAGAAUCUGUGGUUCCCCAAAAUACGUUAAAUGACAUGGCAUUGGAGACGGCUUCAGGACACAGUGGGAAGAUCACCAGUUCAGAGAAACCUACAACAUUUAGUUUGUCACUGAGAAGUAGCAGUCACAGUACUUCGGUAACAAGCCGCAGUUUUGAUUCAUCAGGGGUCACAUCACCUAAAAACAGCUCCAUAAAAGUCCUACCUUUGCCAAACACGGAAAGACAAAGCAAGUACAACAAGAAGCAAUACUGUCUAUAUUGUAAAAAGGCCAUUGCUAAAUUGGCAAGACACCUUGAAUCUGCCCACGGUAAUGUGCCGGAAGUUGCAAGCGCCUUCAGUUAUGAUAAAAGAUCCCGCCAAAGAAGAGAUUUGUUGCGCUCUAUUAAGAAGAGGGGAAACUUUAACCAUAAUGCUACUGUGGCAACUUCUGGUGCUGGAGAAAUGGUUGCUUGUCGAAGACCCACUACUGCAACAGGAUCUGAGGACUACCGUCAUUGUAAAUUUUGUCAAGGACUAUAUGCAAGAAAUUGCCUUUGGAGGCAUGUGAGAAGGUGCCCUCAGAGGUUUAAUGAGGAAGCUCCCUCUGGGCAAAGACGGAUGCAUCUGCAAUUACCGAAACCUGAUCAAGUUCAUGAAGCUGUAUGGAAGAUUGCUUGUGAAAUGAAUCAGGAUGACAUUUCCUUUGUAGUAACGAGUGAAAGAGACAUUCUUAGCCUUGGUGAGUCACUGUACAAUGGCAGAAAACCAAAUGAGAAAAGGAAUGAUUACAUACGCCAAAAAAUGAGAGAGAUCGCAAGGUUAUUGAUAACCGCCAGAGCUAUGACACCUUUGAAGAGCACAGAAGACCUUGUUAUGCCUAGUAACUUUCCCCAUGUCAUACAAGCAGUCAGAGCUGUUGCUGGUUAUGAGCUGGAGAGCAACUCAUAUAAAACCCCAUCCUUGGCUUUGAAAUUGGGACACAGUUUGGCUAAAGUUGCAAGCAUUGUGCAGUGUAAAGCCAUCAUUGCAAAUCGCUAUGAUGUUGCAGAGUCAGCCAAGCAGUUUGCCACUCUGUAUGAAAAAAAGUGGUCAGAGUCCAUUUCAGCUGCUGCAUUGGGCACACUUCAACAAGCCAAAUGGAAUAAACCACAGAUUUUGCCAUUUACACAGGAUGUGUCACUGCUGCAUAAGUUUCUUGCUACUAAGUCCGCAAUGUACAUGAAGGACCUUGAGGAAAAACCCAACAGCACAACCUUCGGAAAUCUUGCUCAAGUGACUUUGACGCAGGUAGUGCUAUUUAACAGAAAAAGGCAAGGAGAAGUUUCAAAAAUGGAGCUCCAGGUUUUUACAUCCCGGAAUCGCACAGAGUUGAAUCCUGACAUUAUGAUCGGCCUAACUGAGUUUGAAAGGAAACUUGCAAAGCACUUUGACAGAGUUGAGAUUCGUGGUAAAAGAUCAAGAAUGGUACCUGUGCUUCUCACACCUGACAUGAUCACUGCAAUGGAGCUCCUCGCAAAAGCCAGAAGUGAGUGUCAAGUCCACACAGAGAAUGUGUACUUGUUUGCACGCCCAGGUGUCCUUUCCCAUUACAGAGGCUCUGACUGCUUUCGCAAGUAUGCAAAUAAAUGUGGUGCAAAGUACCCAGAGGCCCUUACCUCAACAAGAUUGCGGAAACAAGUUGCCACUUUGUCCACAGUACUAAAUCUAAAAGAAAAUGAAAUGGAUCAACUUGCCACCUUUCUCGGACACGACAUCCGUGUCCAUCGAGAAUUCUACCGGCUUCCAGAGAGUACCCUGCAGCUUGCAAAAGUCAGCAAACUGUUGAUUGCAAUGGAGAAAGGAAAACUGUCUGACCUGCAGGGGAAAGGGCUGGAUGACAUCGUGAUCAAUCCUGAUGAUGAAGCAGUUACAAGUGAUGAUGAUUCCAGUGGAGAAACCAUCACUGACCCUCAACAACACAAAGGCUCAAGGACCAAGAAUUCUGGGAACCAAAGCCACACACUUUACUCAGCUUCCCUGGACAAUAUGGAGGGCGCUUCUGCCUCAACCACCCUGGACAAUAUGGAGGGCGCUUCUGCCUCAACCACCCUGGACAAUAUGGAGGGCGCUUCUGCCUCAACCACCCUGGACAAUAUGGAGGGCGCUUCUGCCUCAACCACCCUGGACAACAUGGAGGGCGCUUCUGCCUCAACCACCCUGGACAACAUGGAGGGCGCUUCUGCCUCAACCACCCUGGACAGCAAAAACAUCAGCAACACUGCACCAGGAAAGGGUAAAGCUGGGAAGGCAAGGUGCAAGUGGACAGAUGAUGAAGUCAAGGCUGUUGAGCGGCACUUGCUUCAUUUCGUAACAAGCUGCAAAGUACCUGGCAAAAAGGAAUGUGACUCCUGCAUCCAAGCAGAGCCGGCAGCUCUGAAAGGCAGAGACUGGGUUGCCAUAAAGUAUUACAUCCACAACAGGAUCAUAGCGUUGAAAAGAAAGAUGAAUAAAUAAAAUUACAAAAUGCAGGUUCAGGAAUGCUGCAUCAGUUAAAAUUAACUUUAUUUUCAUUUUUAUUUUUUUAAAUUUUUGACUUUGUCUGUUGGGUUAGUAAUGACUAAGUUACUCAGUCCUUUCUCCUGGCUUUUGCCAUCAUAAGUUCAUACUCAAGGGAGAUAGUUUGUUACUCUCAGUUAUUUCAGUAUUGCAGGUCACUCUCAGUUAUUUCAGUAUUACAGGUCUCUGCAUUGCAUUGUUUAUACCCAUAAAUCUGUUUAUUAUGGGUGCAUUUUGUAAUUAAAAAAUAAGAAAGGCA